CAUGACGGACUCAGUGAUUGGACUAAACUUGAACCUGAGGUGAACAGUACAGAUGCAGACGAGGCUCCAACUUACAGCCUUCAGUCUGCAGCAGGACACUUUGAAUGCAGAGUCUCAGGCUUGCGCUGGGUCUGUAAGGGAAAGACCAGCUUUCAGUACCAGUUUAGAUCUUGGGAGGGACACAUGGAGAGGAUGGAGAGCAGACAAUACAUGCCUGCAGGUCCUCUGAUGGACGUCACAGUCACUGCUGGGAAGUUAAAUGAAGUUCACCUGCCACACUGGAUCUGCAUCGAUGACAUCCCUGACAUAUUGGACAUGUUUGCAGUCGUUCACAUAGAUGACUGUGGAGAUGUUGUGGAAAAAGUGUCUGAGGUCACACCAACACAUGUCAAGUUAACUGAACCGAUUUUCUCUCCGAGAGCGGUCCUGAUGAAAGUCGGCGUUCCUGUGAAAAUCAAUUGUAACGUGUUGAUAUAUCAGACCAACACGGCUUUCCUCACACUGCAUGUUUAUCUGAUCCCACGUGAUCCUGGGCUACAGCAGACGAUGGACCGGAGAGAAGUAUCCGGUGGAUACAAAGUCAUCCGAAAGCCACAUCCAGAAAAGUCCUUGAAAAUGUUUCAUCCUAAGAGCAGAUUUGGAUGGUGCAGAAAUCUGUCCUCAAGUAUGUUGAAUUUAUUGAUGAAUCUGUGUAAGAUCAGUAAAUAUAUUAGUCUGUUUAAAUUAUAUGAAUUCAUCAUCAUCAGAUUUCUCUCCCUCAGUAGAAAAAUAUCUUACAGGUUCUUCCUGACUUUCUUUUCAUUCUUUAACAGGUGUUAAAGCUCAGAUAUGAAAGCAGAACUCCAAAUUUCUUUGAAGUGUACAUGAAGAAUCCAGACAGAGACUUCCAGCUCAGACUCACACCAAAAAAAGAGCUUCAGUCAGUUUGGACCCGCACUGUUAGAAAAGGUAAGAUUCAAACU